GAGCUUGUAAACUGAACUGUCGCAGUUUUCUCAGCUGCAGGUUCAGGACACAAACAAGAGCUGCUACUAUCUGCGAACUCAUUUAACUCUUCACAAGACUUUACCUCGUGGAAAGCAAUGGGACGCGAGUCAAGACACUACAGGAAACGCUCUACAUCUCGGGGUCGAUCAGGUAGCCGAUCGAAGAGUCGUUCCCCGGAAAAACGCUCCAAGAAGGACGACCGGGACCGAAACAGGAGGGAGCGCUCCCGGAGCCGGGAACGCCGCAGGUCCCGGUCCAGAGAUAGGAAACGAGUCAGGCGCUCCAGAAGCAGAGACAGAAGAAGGUCCAGGAGCCGAGAGAGGAGGAGGUCGGGCAGCAGGAGUCGAGCCAGGAGGUCCCGAUCUGCCACCCCCAGCAAGGGCAGGAGACCAGAUGAAAAGUCAAGGAGCAAAGAGAAGGACAGCGUUGAUCCUUUAUCCGACAAAAAAAAGAUAAAAGAGGAGAAAGAGGAUGAGAAGGUUGAGGAUCAAGACUUUGACCAGAACAAGCUGGAGGAGGAGAUGAGGAAGAGGAAGGAGCGUGUGGAGAAAUGGAGGGAAGAGCAGAGGAAGAAGGCAAUCGAAAACAUUGGAGAGAUUAAAAAAGAACUUGAGGAGAUGAAGCAGGGCAAGAAGUGGAGUCUGGAGGAUGAUGAUGAUGAUGAUGAGGAUGCUUCAGCUCCAAUGGAUGCUGACGACGAUGAAGAUGGGGAGGGGAAGAGUGAGAUUAAGGAGAGGGAUAUGAAGGAGGAGCUGUUAGAUGAGGGAGAGAAGGAGGAGACUCCCAUGGAGCAGCUAGCCGAGGAGGAUGACGACAUCGACCCUCUGGACGCCUACAUGGAGGAGGUGAAGCAGGAGGUGAAGAAGUUCAACAUGGGGGGUGUGAAAGGAAAUGAUAAGAAAGGAGCAAUGAUGGUAACCAAAGUGGUGACCGUUGUUAAAACCAAGAAAGGACCUCACACCCACAAAAAGAAGGGAGAGCUGAUGGAGAAUGACCAGGAUGCUAUGGAAUACUCGUCAGAGGAGGAGGAGGUGGAUCUGCAAACAGCACUGACAGGCUUUCAGACCAAACAGAGGAAGAUCCUGGAGCCUGUCGACCACGGGAAGAUCCAGUACGAGUCAUAUCGUAAAAACUUCUACGUGGAGGUCCCUGAGCUCGCCAGGAUGACUCAGGAUGAUGUGAAUGCGUACAGACUGGAACUGGAAGGCAUUAUUGUUAAAGGGAAGGGCUGUCCUAAACCCAUCAAGACCUGGGUGCAGUGUGGUGUGUCCAUGAAGAUCCUCAGUGCUCUAAAGAGGCAUGGCUAUGAAAAGCCCACGCCCAUCCAGGCCCAGGCCAUCCCUGCCGUCAUGUCAGGCAGAGACCUCAUUGGCAUCGCUAAGACCGGCAGCGGGAAAACCAUAGCCUUCCUGUUGCCCAUGUUCCGACACAUCAUGGACCAGAGGCCCCUGGAGGAGUCCGAGGGACCCAUCUCUGUAAUCAUGACUCCCACCAGAGAGCUGGCUCUGCAGAUCACCAAGGAGUGUAAGAAGUUCUCCAAACCACUGGGACUCAGGGUGGUCUGUGUUUAUGGAGGCACAGGUAUCAGCGAACAGAUUGCUGAGCUGAAGAGAGGAGCUGAGAUCAUUGUGUGCACACCUGGAAGAAUGAUCGACAUGUUGGGUGCCAACAGCGGUCGAGUCACUAACCUCCGCCGAGCUACGUAUGUGGUGUUGGAUGAAGCAGACAGGAUGUUUGACAUGGGCUUCGAGCCACAGGUGAUGCGUAUUGUGGACAAUGUGCGUCCAGAUCGUCAGACGGUCAUGUUUUCAGCCACCUUCCCCAGAGCCAUGGAGGCACUGGCUCGUAGGAUCCUGGCAAAGCCUAUUGAGGUCCAGGUGGGAGGCCGCAGUGUCGUCUGCUCGGAUGUGGAACAGCACGUGUUGGUAAUUGGCGAGGACAAAAAGUUCCUGAAGCUGCUGGAGAUUCUGGGCCACUACCAGGAGAAGGGCUCUGUCAUCAUCUUCGUGGACAAACAGGAGCAUGCAGACGCACUGCUCAAAGACCUGAUGAAAGCCUCAUAUCCAUGCAUGUCACUGCACGGAGGAAUCGAUCAGUACGACAGAGACAGCAUCAUCAAUGACUUUAAGAAUGGAGCUUGUCGCCUGAUGGUGGCCACCUCAGUGGCAGCCAGAGGCCUGGAUGUCAAGCAGCUGAUCCUGGUUGUCAACUACAACUGUCCCAACCACUACGAGGACUACGUGCAUAGGGCGGGACGCACAGGCCGAGCAGGCAACAAGGGCUUCGCCUACACCUUCAUCACAGAGGAUCAGGUUCGUUACGCUGGUGAUAUCAUCAAAGCGUUGGAGCUGUCUGGCUCCCCUGUCCCGCCUGAACUGGAGCAGCUUUGGGCCUCCUUCAAAGACCAGCAGAAAGCGGAAGGAAAGACCAUUAAGAGCAGCAGUGGCUUCUCUGGGAAAGGCUUCAAGUUUGACGAGACAGAGCAUGCCUUAGCUAAUGAGAGAAAGAAGCUGCAGAAAGCUGCUCUAGGACUGCAGGACUCUGAUGAUGAGGAUGGAGCUCUGGAUAUUGAGGAGCAAAUCGAGAGCAUGUUCAACUCCAAGAAGAGAGUGAAGGAUAUGUCUGCACCCGGGGCAGCCGCCGGCGCUCCAGGAGUAGCUGCAACCACAUCAGCUGUCCCUGGAGGACUGCCGGGUCUCGGACCCACAUCCGCCGGAAACAUCCAGAAACUGGAGAUGGCCAAGAGGCUGGCACUGAAGAUCAAUGCUCAGAAGAACCUGGGUGCCGAGGCUCAGGAUGUGAUGCAGCAAGCCACCAACGCCAUCUUGCGAGGCGGCACCAUCAUGACACCCUCUGUGUCAGCGAAGACCAUCGCAGAGCAGCUGGCGGAGAAAAUCAACGCCAAGCUGAACUACACGCCUGUGGAGAAGCUGGAGGAGGAGCGGCAGGGGGCCGAGCCAGCCGAGACUGUCAAGAGAUACGAAGAGGAGCUGGAGAUCAAUGACUUCCCUCAGACGGCCAGGUGGAAGGUGACGUCUAAAGAAGCUCUGCAGAGGAUUGGUGAAUACUCUGAAGCUGCCAUCACCAUCAGAGGAACAUAUUUCCCUCCAGGCAAAGAGCCUAAAGAGGGGGAGCGCAAGAUUUACCUGGCUAUUGAAAGUGCAAAUGAACUGGCUGUGCAGAAAGCCAAAACAGAGAUUACACGGCUGAUCAAGGAAGAACUCAUCAGACUACAAAAUUCCUACCAACCAACGAGCAAAGGCCGGUACAAAGUGUUGUAGAGGAGGAAUCAAGGCCCAAUGGAAGUUUCCAUUGUUGGAAAGCCCAUUGCUCAACAGUCUCCUGUCGUCUCUCCACUGGCAUCAAAUUGGUUUCAGGAUAUUUUAGUCUAUAUUUUUAUAAUGUUCCCUUCAAUUACACAAGUGAAGUUUCUCUGUUUUUCCUAAGUUUAUUCUGUUCUUUGCUUGACUUUCCUGUAAUUUUAUUCACAUAUUAAGUUUCAAAAUGUUUGAUGUUCAUUUGACCUCCAGUGUCAUUGAGCCACCACAAUUACGCGCUGAUUUAUCUGUAACAUGUUUUUAAAUAUUAGACAUUUUCUUUCAUGUUAUUUUUUUUUUUGGUUCAGAUUUCCUCCUGUAAACAUGAAGGAGCAACAUACCAAAAAUAUUCUUUAUUAUAAAGAGAUCUUCGAUUGAAAUAUGUUUUUACUUUUCCUCACAAUAAAAACAUGUUGCUAAAGAAACGGACUUGA